CCCUGCUGUAGCAGCCAGGCCAGGGGAGAGGAGGAGUUGUGGAUCCAGGAGCAGACCAUGGAGCAGUGUGAAACUGCUGCAAGCCCCAGCAUAGAUCACCCAUGGAAGGCAGCGACAAUAAUGAGGAAGGCCUGGAUCCAGAGCAGAGACUCCUGGCAGGGCCUCUCUGAGAGCCAGGACACCCAGGAUCAGGAGGGUUGCAGUGAGAAGACACUGUGUCCAGAUCCCACUAUGGAGGAGAAGACAGCCGAGGAGCCAGGGCCUGUCCCUAAGAAGAUUGCGAGCUGGCUCAAGGACUGCAGGACUCCUCUUGGGGCCUCUCUGGAUGAACAGAGCAGCACUCAGUCCAAGGGAGUGCUUAAGAAUGGCUGCAGCUUUGAAGACUACUUUUCUCUGGGAGCUGAGGCCAACCACCUUCAGACCAACUGUGCCAAAACAGAGACACCCUGCUAUGGGAUAUGUGCAAAGGACAAGAGGAGCCAGUUCCUACAGAACAGGAGUAUGAACUCAAUAGGCUCAGGGAAGAGCAGCACCAGUGUAUCCAGUGUGUCUGAGUUGUUGGACCUAUAUGAAGAGGAUCCAGAAGAGAUCCUGUAUAACCUGGGGUUUGGCCGGGAGGAGCUGGAUAUCGCCUCAAAGAUCCCUUUGCGUUUCUUUAACAGCCCCUCUUGUGCUAAGGGCGUCGAUCUCAAGGUCUACCUGGAAGCACAGCUACAACGCACAGAGAUGGAAAAACCCAACUAUGCCCUGACAAGUCGUUUCCGUCAGAUCGCGGUCCUGACCACAGUGGCCAACGAAUUAUUUCAUCUCUACUCCCAGGUGUCGGGCCAGCCAGUCCAAAAGAUCUGCAGCCUGGAUGGGGAACCCCUUACCAUCAUCACUCCUUCUCCUCUGAAGAGGAACAACUCAGCCCUGAAUGCAGCCAAGAUCCUAAAGAAGACCAUCACCAAGCAUAACCUGUUCGGUGGGGCAGCAGAGGAAGUCUCUCAUAGUCCCACAGCCCUGUCUACUACCACAGAGAAACAAGCAGACCAAUUGAGUCCAGGUACAGGGGACAGCGCCAUCACUACUGACUCCGACCACAAGGGGGAGCUCAACCAGAAGGCCUUCAUGAAGAAGGAAUCUACUUCUCCGGCUAUGUUGACUGAGGACAGCCACUCUAGAGGCAGCACUGAAGCCCCCCUGAGCAUCAACAGACACCACCCUGGAGUGAAUGGAGACAGUCCUAAGCUAAAUGGAAAUGGCCUGGCAUUGACAGGAAGUGGAGAAAAUCACAUCUCGUUCACUGUCAGUGUUGUCCCUGAGGAGGCCCAGGAGGGUGACCUGCGCUUGUGCAGCGAGGCUGACCUGGAGAAAGAGCACCAGGAAAUCCAUCAGCAGGGCCAGAGGGCCAUCCGAUCAACCCCAGACGAGGAACCUAACUACAGCCUGAUGCCCAACCCUCACAUCGCCCACCACCACACGCAGGCCAAGGAUUCCUUUGAGAUGGAAGAGGUCCAGAGUAAUGAGGAUGAAGCUCUACCUGGAACUUGCAGCCUCUCUAGAGCUGGCAGUGAACAACAACUGAGAACAACCAGCCAGCAGUCAGACAGUAGUGGCUUUGCAGAGGGCCCCUCUACUGAUGGCUCAGCUAACAAUUUAAAGGUACAGGAGAGCGCUGACAGCUGUGACUGUGAGACCAUGCUGAUGUCCUACGCUGGGGAGGUGACCACUCCUCUAGCGCUUGAACACCCUGCCUUUGAGAGGCUGCAGUUGAAGGAGGAACAGGAGGAGGAGGAUGUGCAGACACCCUCUGUCCUACAGAAACACCUUGAGGAAGACGGGAGGGGGAGCAAGAGCCCUAUUGGGGAGGAGGAGCAGCGGCAGGAGGUGCCACAGUACACCUUCCACCAGUUACCUAAACCAGGAGAUAGAGGAGUGGCCCAAGACUCGGAGCAGGACCAGCAGCAUAGCACUGCUGAGGAAGCUGCUUCUAAUCCUGCCUCUGAGACUCCUCAGUCAACUCCUGAGACUUGCCAUACUGUUGACACGGCUACAGUGCCUGGUCCUACAGAAGACCAUGGCUCCAUCCUGGCCCCUGACUGCAGUGCCUCUGGUGCCCCAGCCAGGGAGGGUGUGCCUGACAGGGUGGAGAUGGAAGCCAGGCUCUCCAGCCCUAGCCCCAGCUGUCCCAUCCUCAGUGCCUCAGCCAGGGUCCACGGGGCCCUCUACAGGGCCCAGCAGGGGGCCUCGUCCCCAGGCCUCCAGGGCUCCUGCAUGAAGGGGACAGUGAGGGAUCUGUUCAGGAGAAGAGCCCCCCUGACGAGGUCCCGAUCCCUGCCUACCUCCCUCCUCAGCCCCUCCCGUGCGGUCUCCUCUGUCAGGAUCCAGUUUGGCCAGGGGACAGUCAGGCACUGCACUCGGACGGUCUUUUCCUACCGAUACACCCCAGAGGUGCAGGUGGAGGAGGAGGUGCAGGUGGAGGAGGAGGUGCAGGUGGAGGAGGAGGUGCAGGUGGAGGAGGAGGUGCAGGUGGAGGAGGAGGUGGGGUCCAUUGUGGAAGAGGAGGUUGCGGAGGAGGAGGUUCAGAGGAGAGGCAGCUUUUGCUCUAUCUUAAUUAUCAACAGAGAGGCCGAGCCAUCUCAUGGCCCUGGGCUACAGAGAGAUGGGGAGCUGAGAAAGCUUCAAGACAGAGUUCCCCCUUACCCCCUGGCCAUCCCCUGCUACCUGACCCGCUCAACCGUCUCACUGCACAGCCACAGCCCCCCUCCUGAGUGGGGAGAGAGACCUCUGGUGGAGCACCACAGUGCCUGGAGCACCUGUAGUGUACCUAACCUUACCCAACGUAACCUGGCACAGCAUAACCACCCUAACCUGAACCACUUCAAUAACCCUAACCUCACCCAGCACAGCAACCCUAACUUAAACCUCACCCAGCACAGCAACCCUAACUUAAAUCUCACCCAGCACAGCAACCCUAACUUAAACCUCACCCAGCACAGCAACCCUAACUUAAAUCUCACCCAGCACAGCAACCCUAACUUAAACCUCACUCAGCACAGCAACCCUAACUUAAACCUCACCCAGCACAGCAACCCUAACUUAAACCUCACCCAGCACAGCAACCCUAACUUAAAUCUCACCCAGCACAGCAACCCUGACUUCAGCCUCACCCAGCACAGCAACCCUGACUUCGGCCUCACCCAGCACAGCAACCCUGACUUCAGCCUCACCCAGCACAGCAACCCUGACUUCAGCCUCACCCAGCACAGCAACCCUGACUUCAGCCUCACCCAGCACAGCAACCCUGACUUCAACCUCACCCAGCACAGCAACCCAGAUUUCAUCCUCACCCAGCACAGCAACCCUAACCUGGCGCACUUCAAUUACCCUAACCUCACCCAACACAGCAACCCUGACUUCAACCUCACCCAGCACAGCAACCCUAACCUGGCGUACUUCAAUUACCCUAACCACACUCAACACAACAACCCUGACUUCAACCUCACCCAGCACAGCAACCCUAACCUGGCGCACUGCAAUUACCCUAACCUCACCCAACAUAGCAACCCUAACUCUAACCUCACACAACACAACCUAGCCCAACACAAUAACCCUAACCUCCCACAGCACACAGCCCCCAACUUACCCCAUCAUAUGGUCCCUAACCAUCCUCACCAGAGUCCUCCUUACACUAACAACAUGGGCAAAACCCUUCCACACAACUUCCCACACAGCACACACUACCCAUUUUCCCCGUACAGCUCCUCCUAUAAUACCCCGCCCCAUAGCGACCCUUUCAGUUCACCUUACUGUAACUACCACGGUAACCCAUAUAGUGGGUCCUACAGCUACCCACACAGCAACAAUCAUUAUACUGCCCAUAGUUCUUACUCUAACCCAUCACACACACCUUCCAAACUGCCUCCACAUCUCUCUACUGCCCCCUAUGGAGAAACAUACAGUACUCCAUUCCCUGGCCACGAUCAUCUGUUUCCUUACCCCCAUGGAGUUGACCCUAUGGGGGCAGCCCCUAAUGCCCACCCUCCACCAGCCCUGUCUACCACUGAGAUGCAGCUCAGACGGGUCCUUCAUGACAUCAGAGGAAGUGUACAGAACUUGGCUCAGAAUUCAUCCGAAUGCAGAGCAGACACUCCCUCAGACGUUUUCAAUCCUCAGAGAUCUGCCCAGCCACUGUUAGAGACCUCUCUCCAGAAGGAGCUGCAGGCUAAGAGGAGUCUGAAUGUGUUCCAGACCCAGAUGAUGGCUCUGGAAGUGUCCCUGAUGAAACAACAGGCGUUAGUCUACCAGCACCUCAGUCAUGACGAGAGGCAGGAGGCGGAGCAGCUGCAGGGCCUGCGGUCAGCAGUGAGAUGGGAGCUGAAGGAACUAGAGCUCCAGCUGGAGGAUCGGCUGCUGACCUUGAACGAACAGCUCCGCUCUGCCAGCCACCACAGUCUCUACCGCCAUCGCAUGAUGUCGAACCUGCUGAUGGAACCGCUGUACCUGCAGACAGAGCUGGGCUACGAGGGUGGGGCAGAGAGCAGACCAAGCAUGGCACCCACCCCGAGCUCAGGCCGCUCCUCCAGGUCAGCCAGUCCAAUGAGGUCCUCCAGAUAUCACCCAGGCCCCUCCCACGCCCCAGAGCUGCCCCUCCCAGGCCCCCAGAAGACAGGGGUGUACCGAGCCUCCAUCACCCUCACCCCAGCCCCCCCUCCACGGCCUGGUGCCUCCACAGGAUUCUCCCAGGGCCAGAUUGGUUCUCUAGAGGCCCAGGACCAUGCCAUAGACCAGGCACUGACAGGAGAGCAACAUCCAGAGGAUCGAGCACAAGGAGAGGAAGAGGACAGAGGAGGAAGAGGCGCAGCUGUAGACCCUCACCUGCUAGAGGAGAGGGGUAGGGAGGGAGGAAGAGGACAAAGAUUAGGCAUGGGAAGGGCAAGCAACCCCCAGCUACAGCAGCUCAUCAAGGAGAUCAAAGAGAGCCUUGCUGAUGAGAUUCGACAGGAGAUAGCCAGCGAGCUCCUGGCGGCCGUAUCUCCACGACGAUCACCUGUGUUGGCCAGAGAAUACCCCCUGUUAGACUGUUGACAGGUCCUACAUCUGAGUUGAAGAUAACCACUGGUAAAGUCUACCCAUUCUACUCAACCUGAACACUGGUGAAGCCAUACACUGAACAGCCCAACGACCUUUUACCACUGUUUCUACUAUUUCCAGAGAGUCUGAUGACGGCAGAUACCUUAACACUGUGUUUUCAACCAUAUAGGUAGAGGGUUUUUAUUUCUAUGGUUUCAACUCCUGAGUAGUCUGCUGACUGACAGAUACUCUGGGGCCUCAUUUAUAACCGUUGCGUAAAUUUCACACUAAAUAUCUGAACAUCUGCGUGUGCCAUUUCUGAAAAGACUGCAUACAUACAAAAAUAUUGAGAUUUAUAAACUUGGCACACACCAUACAUACUGUUUACUGUUAUAAAUCACAGCCGUCCUGAAACUGUGUGAGUGAAAGAGCAUCAGUUCUCUGCCUGAAAAACGCCCAUCAUUCACCUUUUAUGGUGACAAAAACGCCCAUCAUUCACCUUUUAUGGUGACAAAAACACCCAUCAUUCACCUUUUGAUGGUGACAAAAAUGCCCAUCAUUCACCUUUUUAUGGUGACAAAAACGCCCAUCAUUCACCUUUUUAUGGUGACAAAAACGCCCAUCAUUCACCUUUUAUGGUGACAAAAACGCCCAAAAACACCCUUGCUGUAUACUUUGGAAGUAUUCGAGCAGUUUUCCAAAGGCAAUAGCGAACUUGAUCAAACUUGAUUGCAGAAUGUUAAACUUUUGCAAUGACAUUUGCUGUAGGCCUAGGCUAUCUGAUAGACAAAACGUUUAUGAAAGACAACAACUAUUGCAAAUUGCUGUUAAGCUGUAAGCAGACUGUUUGAAUUUAAUUGGGCAUGUUUUUUUACAUUGACUUUUUCUCGAAACGAUGCUGCACUGCCCGCGAAUUCUGAAACAUUCUCUACUUACAGUGGUAGACAUGCACACUACAAUGCACCUGUUCACCUGGUACAUUUUAAUUUAGUUAUAAACCCGCUUCCUUUCUGAUGCAUAGAGCAAAAUACUUGAAAUAAUAGCUUAUCUAAUAGGCUUAAUUAAAUGAGAGAUGCGCAUGGUAAUUUGUUGUAGGCUAUGGUUACUUCAGAAAUAUGGACCAAUAAUGUCCAGAAAAGGUGAAGAAUUUAUUCUGCGAUUAGUUAUGAAAAUAUGUAUUAUGUGUAUAAAUGCAAUAUCGUCUACUCAAGAAAUGUUAAAUUGCAGUAUUCAGAUGUCGGCUACAGAAGUAACCUACAACCUGUCUGUUCCACCGUUAAUACAGCUGCGCUCUGGAUCGGAUGGCAUACAGCAAAACACUUGAAAUAGCUUAUCUUUACUUCUGUGAAGUGGGUCCAAUUAAAGGAGAUAUGAGAUGAAUGGUAUCCUUGUUGUUGCCCUAUAUAGGCUACCUCGUGAGUAUGACACCAUCACAGAAAAGGUGAGCCAUUUAUUAUGCAAUGAUCAUGGAAAUAAAUAAUAAAUAAUAGCCAGGGAUAUAGAUGAUUGUCUAAUUAUUUUAAAAUGCAAAGAUAAACUAAAUAUAUUUUCGCUUUACUCACUAACGGAAAAUGAUUGCAUCUUAUUAACAUGUUUAUUGUUAUGCAUAAGCGUGUCCAUCAUAUCCCCCAUUUGCACAAAAUAUAAAUGUACUUGCCUGCUUGCAAUGCAAUAUUUCAACCACUAGAAUCUGCAUAAGCAUUGUCUAAAGUCUGCGAAAAGGCGAGCACGUUUUUACAUCAAGUUCAGUUUUUAUAAAUGCCAACUUUUGAGUGAAAAUUGGCGCACAUGUUUUGGGAUAUAUUUUGUACCUUCCAAAGGUUUAUAAAUGAGUUCCCUUGUAUCUUAAGACCUCUAUGCUGUGUGCCUUUGAGACACUAAUGCUGCUGUAUACUUGCUGUUAUAGUGAACUGUCUUUGUCUCUGUCUUAACCGUCCUAUUUCAAACACUCAGAAUGACUAACUACUGCAUUACUCAUGUGUUGUCGACAGGGGGGAAUUGGAGGGGAACUAGAGUUCACAAAGUAAAAUAAUUUUGACAUGUACAAAAUGUGUUUAAGUAACUCCCCAGUGUUUCCAGAUUUCUGUGAAACAUGACCUAUAAUUACUUACAAUAUGAGCUAAAGAGUUUUCCUUCUAUUUAUUUUAAUUUUUUAUUAGGUGUGUUAAAAAGCUGUUUUUCUGUGUUGGAAUGUUAUGGGUGUACCCCAACAACAGAAUGGUGUGGGCAUAUACCCGGUCAUUAAAAAUAUUAAUGCUAGUAGACCGCUGAUUGGCUAUCUCCUCCUCAUGGCGAUGACAUCAUGUUCUAUGAGGAAAUGGCAAGCAUUUUUGUGUUUUAUUUUUUUCAAUUAAUGCUGGCAACAUAUGAGUAUAGGAAGAGUCAACAAAAUUAUUUGGAUAUGAGUUAACAGAAUAUGAACUCUUAAAAGUUAGAUUUUCACUGGGUAGUUACUUUAAGGUAAAUUCUAGGAUCAGUGAUUUCCCAGAGUGACUUUUCUCCAAUUCCAUCUCUGGUUGUUGGUGACAUUGUUAUUAUGUUAUGAUCCUGACAUUGUGUAUGGGUUGUAUUUAAGCACAUAGAUGUGGAUCAGGGUGCAUCUCUUGUCCUAAAGGUGAAAAAUAGAGUUAGAAGAUGAUAAUGGUUGUAUGGGAAUUUAGUGUCUGCUGUAAAUUACCAUGCCCUCCUCUUCUAAUACCAUCUCUAUGAGGAACUAAUCAGACCUGGUUUCAAAUACUAUUUGAAGUCUUUUAAAUACUCUGAUUGUUUGCUCAGCUUGCCUGUAGUGCCAGAUGGGUGGGUUUACCAUUUUGGGACUAUUCUUAAUGGCUUGUUAAGCCAGGCAAGGUCAGAUAAAGUAUUUGAACCCAGGUCUGGAACUAACUACGCAAUACAUUUCACUGUCUCUGAACUUGAAAAUAUAAUUAGAGCUCUAUAUAGUCUUUCUACUAUCAGACAAGAUACUGUUAAUUCUACUGUGUUUCUACUCUCCAGUUCAGGCCAUCUGUCUGUCUCUAUCUCUCUUUUUUAUUACCCCUUUAAAGAAAAUAUCUCAGGACAAAUGCAUUUAGUGGUUUUAACAUCUAUUUAAGAUAAGAAAUACAGGUAUGAAUUUUUGUUUGUUUUUAAUGUGAGACACUAAGAAAAACACGCAUCCGGGUCGAAUUCAUUAGGCACCAAAUGGAGGAAAAUUGAUUGAAUCGGUGAGGGACUAACUGGACUUACUUUCUGUAUAAUUUUUAUAAAUAACGUUUUCCAUUGUUACCCUAAUGAACACAACCCAGGACAAAGGUGUGAAAUGAAUAUAAUGCAUACAUUUAAGUGGUGCUUUUUAAAAGCAGUAGUUGAUGCAACCCAAUUAAACUUGUCGUUUCCAGUUUGAACAAAUUAUGUACAUAAUGUUUAUGUUAAAAUUAAAUAUUGGUGCACCUAAAAUAUUGAAGGAAUGCAAAAGGGACUCAUUUCGUGGAAUGACCCACUUACUACAUAGCUGUAGAUUAUCUGUACUUACCUGUAGCUUACUUGUACUUACUAAUGGUCAAGCACAGACGAACAUGCAACUUAUAACAUCUCUUUUCCCCUAUAUGCUGAACUGUGCAUCACCCCUGAGGUGGCACCCAGUCCCUUGUCCGGCCCGCUCCACACCUCCAGCCCCUGCCUCUAAUUCUCUGGCAUUUCCUCCAGAGGUAUUAGGUGUUCCUAGGUCGUACGUGUUUAGAGGCACAGAAUGAUCCCUGAGCAUAAAUGGGCACCAUUGAUGGCAAGGCGAAAACACACUGUGUGCGUCUCAAAUGGCAUCCUAUUCCCUACAUAGUUCACUACUUUUAACCAGGGUCAAAAGUAGUGCAGUAGGGAAUAAAGUGCCAUUUGAGACGCAGAACUGCCCCAUCCAUGGGCACUGGGACUGUGGGCCUGUUUGUGUGUCACUCAGUUUGACUUGGCGUGGUGUAAAUAACAGGUCUGUGUUGCUGAGGUUAUUACUUUUCUCUAAAGCGCUCCUUUAUAUUGUUUAUUAUGGUUUCUCUGUGUACAGUACGUUGACACAUUGUGAACAUUACAUCAGCGUACUGUGUUUUGUCUUCUCAUUCUAGCUUGGAUUAUCUGCCAUUCCUAGACAGAUGCCAGAUACAGAGAAAUGGGUCAUUUAUGGGUCAUCAAAGUCCUCAGAGGACUGCAUGUCAGAAUGUUGUUUUGGUCAGUCCUUGCAGACUACUACAUCAUCCACAAAUAAACAUGUUAUUUAUUUGUAUGUAUUUGAACAUUGUGGUUACAUUAAUGAUGAAUGAAAUCAAAUAAAUCUAAUUCAUGAA